AUGACGACUUCGUUGCAUCACCUCAGCUUGCCCUCCUCUUCCGGUCAGGGUCCUCAUAAGCCAUCCGCGUCUGCUCCAAAUUCGCCAACAGAUUUGCGUCCCGGGGCUUCGCCGGCAGCCGCCCGACGAAAAGCCGUAAAAUCCACUGAUCAGGUGCCAGAUUUAAACGUUCCCCACGAUACCCGACCGCCGUUACAUCAAAAAUUGAAGAUCAACAUAAUUGAUUUUGAUGCGGCUGUGGAACAGAUGAAAAACGAGUCUCUGGAAUCGUCUCGAAAGAUGGUAUUCGACAUCGAGGUGGCGAACAUGGAGGGCAUUCGAGCAUUGUCAAAGCUUGAGGAGCAGGAUGAGCAACUCGACCGGGUACAGGCAGAUCUUGAAACAAUACACAACCACAUGACGGAAGUCAGAAGAGAUAUCGGGAAGAUGAAUCGGUUGCUAGGCUGUUUAUUUCCGAAAAAAUUGCUUUCAUGUUUCCCGAUCUCAAAAUGCUCAACCUCCAACACGAUCGAUGCUGAUUUUGAGGUUUAUAGAAGAGCCUCCCAGCCGGCCAUUCAAGUGUCGCUGAAAAAGAAGCAGCACUCGGUGCAUCGAGAUGACAGCCUCUCCCAUCGGCUAACCGCGGAUUCUGCGGCCGAGGAUGAGCUGGAGGCCAAUAUGCGACAGAUCUACGAGGGGGUGGAUAAUCUGCGGCAUCUCUCCAUCGACAUCCACUCCCAGCUGAUGAUCCAGGAGCCAAAGCUCAACAUGCUCGUCCAAAUGGCGGAGGACAGCUCUUCGGCGAUGGGCGGCGCGCACAAGGAGGUCAAGAAGCUCAUCGGCGAU